AUGUGUGCAUUUGUAGCUGUACACGCUGGUGCUGGGACACACCCACAUAAAACGGAAGAUGUUUGUCUAAAAGCAGUAUGCAAAUCGAAAGGAAACAUUGUCGAGGCGGUUAAGGAACUUGAGAACGACUUUAGGACAAAUUGUGGUUUGGGCUCGAACUUAACAUUUGAUGGUCAUCUGGAAUGUGAAGCAGCUUUUACAUCCUCUGAAGGUCAUGUGUUCGGCGCUGUUGGAGUGGUGUCUCGGUUACGGAAUCCCAUUGAAGUUGCUGCAAUGUUAGCCAAAGAGCAGUUGUGCGGUGACAAGAAAUUCGUGCAGCCGACAGUUUUGGUAGGCCGAGGUGCUGAAAACUGGGCUGAAAAGCGUGGCAUUGUACUCUGUGAUCCAAUAUCACUUAUAUCAAAAAGAUCACAACGACAGUGGCGAGAAGCUCGAGGAAUUGUCAGGAACUGGGAAAAGGAGACGAUGGAUACCGUAGGCGCUGUGUCGUAUGAAAAUGGUGGUUGUAAUGCGGCAUGCUCAAGUGGUGGAAUUAUAUUGAAAACUGAAGGGCGAUUAGGCCAUACGAUUCAAGUUGGUGGCGCUAUUUGGGCUGACCAAAGGGAUUCCAAGAGUGUUGCAAUUGCACUGUCUGGCUGUGGUGAAUACAUCGCUCAAACACUGUUGGCAAAAACUCUUGCUGAAACGUUGCUCAAUUGGAACUGCGAAGAAGAUGUAAUUCUGGAUAAAAUUAAACAUGUUUUCAAUGCUGCAUUUCUACAUUCUCCUUAUCUAAAAACGCGAAAUAAAAGACACAUCCUUGCUGGUGGAUUGGUACUGUUCGUUGACAGAGGAGGGGCUAGUAGACCUACCCUGCAAGAAGGGGAGAUUGGGGAAGUUUCGUUUCGUUAUUUUAGUUCCGGUUGCCAUGUCAUCCUCUGGUUGACGAACGAGUUCAUGCAUAUACCAAUAUGUAAAAAAAGAUUUGAUCCAUUAGAUCUCUUCAAGAAAAUGCAUGGGCCAGUAAAAAAGUUUGUAAUCCCUUCUCGAGAUGAUGACUUGUUAGAAGAAAGUGACGAUUUUUACACGAUAAGUAUACGUCCUCAACUGGAUGAGAUCAUUUCAAAAGUAUUUCAAUUUCAUCACGACAUAGAUGCUGGCAGAUGGUCGCGAAUCAUCGAUAGAUUUGACCACUUAUUUUUCACUAUAAAGCCAUUUUCCGAGGGUGAACCGUGGCGUCUUCGUGCUCAGUUAAUCUCGGUUUUAAAUGCCGGUUUAAAACUCACGUUGGACAGUAUCGAAGAACUGUUACCAAUGCUUAUAAGUGAGGCUGAAGCUGAAUUAGCGCAAGAUCUAUUUGUUGAAAGAGAAAUGCAUGCGCGGGCAUUUCUAAUUUAUGUAUAUUUGUUGUGCCGACUUGCUGUUCUUUUUGAAAAGGAAUCAUCUAAUCGGCAGUCAGAAGCAUCGAACAUCAAGAAAGGCCGUAAAGCAGUGCCAGAUAAGGCAGACGAUCAGUACAUGGUCCAGUGGACAUGCAAUCGAGGCAAUACUUUGAAAUUAUUGCGCCGUGCAUUUUCAAUGAAUAGUAUCGAUGCGCAGGGACGACGACGUAAUACAGCUAUCCGCUUUCUCUGGCAACCAUCUAUAGUACCGCCGGAACUGUUAAAGAUUUCGAAAGAUCUGGCUUACAAAUUUCUCGAAAAUCCGGAACUUAGCAAGGUUAGCGGACGUGACUGGUUGCAGGCAAUAUUUGGCUAUCUCAAAGUUAUUUGUAUUGACUACAGCGAAGUCACAAAAGUUGGUGCCAAAUUGGUGAGUUUGAUGAAGCGUCUCGAUUAUUUGUCGCUUUCUUCUUUAACACAGUCGCCUUUUGUUGAUGCAAUCGAAUCUGUUUCUUAUUACGAUGAUAUGGACACUCUUUUCCAGUCAAUACUUUCGGCAUUGAGUCGCUUAUCGAAAAAUGAUUUUGCUCGUAGUGAUGUGUCAGCUCGACCAUUUGCUUUAUUCAUUGUUUCUUUGGCCGAGAAGAAGCCAUAUUUGUUGAAUAAACAUAUCGUCAAUAUUGCUUCAUUUCUAUCGGAUGAUCCAGCUACUCUUCGUUGUGCUGUUCUUACUGCCUUUGUCGAAAUAGUUAUGAUCGUAUAUAAGGGAAAUUUACCAGAGGGCAGUUUUCGACGGUCACGCGACCGGCUUCUCCUUCACUUACAGGAUCAUACUGUUGAUGUGAAUGCAGUAGUACGUUCUCGUACAUUGCAACUAUGGACACGUUUGGCUCGUGCUUCACAAAUACCGAUAGUUUUUAUAAGUGGUGGUCUCAUUCGUGAUGCCGGUGGCCGCUUGAUAGAUAAGUCUGUGUCGGUUCGGCGGAAUGCCGCUACAUUUUUAAGUGCCAUUUUGGAAUACAAUCCAUUCGGAGCUUCUCUGAAUGCUGAUGAUCUGGCGGAUGCUAUUAGUCGUCUUGAGGCGGAACGAUUUGAACUGAAGAAUACCAAUCCAGAGAAGGAAGGAAUCAGAAAAGCCUGUAUUGAGUGGGCAUCUAUGAAAGAAAAUUUGAUUCAGUGGAUUACAAAAUCAGUCAAACAAAGACUAAGUAGACGGAAUGUAGAAGCUAGUGAAGAGGAAAGCGUAGGCAACAUUAUUGAUCAAAAUGGGAAUGAAAAUGCUGCUGGAGAUACAGAAAAUAUUUAUGCUGAGGUCAGUGAAACAAAUGGCAUCGGGACGACCACGGUCGCCGAGUGCGUCAUUGAUGAUGAUGUCACGCUCGAAGAAUUAAUAACUAAAAUUGUGCAUGCUCUUGAAAAUCGUGAGACAUGCCGUGCGGCUGUCGAAGUACUUGUUCGAGCAGCUUUCGAUGGCAGAUUUCCUACUGUUAACAGGAAUGGGUCAGCCGAUGAAAUUAUUCGAGAAUGUUAUGAAUCGUUGCAAGUGUAUUACUUCGAUGAGCAUAAAAAGAUGCAGUUAGCUGAUGACGAAGAAAUGCUGGAGCUGGAAGACCGCAUUGGGGAUUACCAAAAGACGAUGGAGGAACUGGAUAAUAAAAUCAAACUGCAUGAGAAUGCUAUAAUGUUUUCACUGGAAAUUGAAAGUUGCAUAAAACUAGCAUUACGAUCAGUAAUGUAUGGACAAGCUAAUGAAUUAACUGAGAUUAUUCACUUUAUUGUGGAAGCUAAUAAAUUUGGAAUUCGUGAUUCGGAAAAGGGUGUUCGUGAACUAUUCAAAGUGGUUUGGCGGCGAGACAGUGCGGUUAAAGAAAUUAUCAUAAAUGCCGCUCGAGAUUUAUUCAUCUCUGCAAACAAAGAUCGCGAUGUAAGUGCACGGAGAAGUGCGGAAAAUCUCAUCAAAAUAGUUCUUGGUAUCGGCGAAGAAGAAAGAGUGUCCGUUGAGGAGGUCCUCUGCUUGAUGGCUCGGGAAAAUCGCUGGGAUAUUGAUUUGCUUGACGUACUCUCUGCAGUGGUCUUUGAAACUCAAGGUGUAUCUCGGAUUGCAGCUUUACGUCUCUUCUCUAUUAUAUGCAGAGCUAACAAAGAAUUUAUGCGGGAAAGAUUAAAUUUUUUUAUUGAGUUAACGCAACGUGAGGGUUUUUUUGACAAUGACGACGGCGCAUUAGCUGCCGAAUUUUUUAAUGCGAUCGCUAUGUUGGGAAGUACACCAAACAUUAAAGAUGUUGGUGCUCUUUAUGAGCCAUCGUUCCGUCUCCCUGAAACUCAUCGCAUCCUACAAUGUGUGCACGCUGUAUUAGUGCAAAAUGUAGCAAAUACAUCAUAUAAUUGGUUAAGUAUGAUGCAAAAAGCUGUAAAAACAAUAUUCUAUGUCGCUGCGAGGCCAUCUCUUUGUUGUCGACUUAUUGUCAGUGGAUUAAUGCAUGAAGCAAAACGGUCCCUCGCAUACUUUUUCCUGAAGAAACGAGAAAUUGAACAGAUUGAAACAGUUAACUUCGAAAAUCCACCGAAUAGUGCAGAUGUUGAUGAGUUUGGUGAUCUGCUGGCAAUGGGGAAGGAGCGGUCACGAGACUGUAGCGAAACUGAAGAUGAAGAACUAAUUGAAUCACAGAAUGUUGGUCUUAUUGAUGACGAUAAUUUAUCGAAGAUGAAAGAGGAUGUAUUGGAAUUACUACAUAAAGAUAAGGAGCAGUCUUUUUUAGCUUGGGAAACAGUGGCAGAACGAGUUUGUGCCUUUGCUGGACAGAUCGCUUUGAAGACAGUAGUCCACAUCGAUGUGUCAUUCGUGGCUGAGAUGAAAAGGAAAAAUGAAAUUUUGCACGACAUCCGAGCAACUCUGAAUGACAUCGGUCAUGAUAAAUUGGAGAGGACAAAUUGUAUUGAAGAACUUUCAACAAACAGGGUGCUUUCAGCACUGGAAGCUGAAUCAGUUGAAAGGCGGGGAUUUUUCGAAGCUAAUGAAUUAGAAGAAGGCGAUCGUUUAGGCUUAACGGGAAUAUCAGAAGAAGAACGUAUUUUGGAGCGCGCACAACGAAUGUGUGAAAAUGCUGUCUCACGUAGGGGAUCACUGCUGCAUCGUCUGAGCAAAUUUUUAGUUGCAGUUGUAAAAUCGAAGAAAAAUACAUGUUCGGAAAAACUUCGUUCAACGGCAAUAUUGUCAUUAUCAAAAUUUAUGCUUCUAAGUAUGAAAACAUGUUUGCGUUUUAUGCCAUUAUUCCUGGAGUAUUUCAAAAAUUCACCAAGUUCAGAGUGCCGUAGCAAUUUGAUGAUUGCAACUGGUGAUUUAUGUUUUCGUUUCCCGAAUGUGAUCGAGAAAUAUAGUGAACAUCUCUAUCAUGGAAUAAAUGAUAAAGAUGAUUAUGUGCGGCAGACUUCGAUUAUCGUGCUGUCUUAUCUCAUGUUGAACGAUAUGGUGAAAGUACGUGGAACAGUUGCUGAUCUGGCGCAAUGUGUCAACGAUGAAAAUGUUAACGUUGGACAGCUUGCAAAAUUUUUCUUUUCAGAACUUGCAAAGAAGGGAAACAUUCUUUAUAAUUUGAUGCCUGAUAUGAUUUCACGUCUUUCAUCCAGUGACUCAGUGGCUAUCGAUGAUUUUAUAAAAAUCAUGAAAUUGUUACUGGCAUUUAUCAAAAAGGACAAGCAAGCUGACAGUUUACUUGAAAAACUAAUACAGCGUAUGCAGGGAGUUAUUAACAAGGAUGGGCUAUUUGACACACGGUUGGCAGAGUGUUUAUCAUAUUGUAUUUCCUGCCUUCCAUUAAGUGAAAAAUCGUUUCGUUUUAUGGCAGAAUCGUUACCAGCUUAUUCAAAUUUGUUGGCUUUAGAAUGUGUUUUUAUGAAUUUACAGUCAGCUGUCCUUCACUUCAAAAAGUAUUCUGUGCGAAACACAGAGCUUAAGGGAGAAGUAGACGAUUUUUUGGAUUCCCUAACUAAAAUGCAUCACGAUAAACAAGAACAUGAAGGCAUUGCUAAUCGAGGAUUGAUUCAUAGAAAAAAGUGCAAAGCACCAUUGAAGUCGAAGAAAGCUCGUUGAAGCUAUUUUUAUUGCAUACAAUAGAGAUAUGGAUAUAAGGGUAUUAAACGAUAAAAAUUUUGUUUGCAUAAUAUGAAAUAAUAUAUAUCUAACAUUUAGUUAUGGUGACUACCCAAAGAUUUUAUUUCCUUGUACUGCUCUGCACUGUUCAUCUACUUCAUUAUUUGUAUUAUCUUUGAGAUGCAAGGAUGAGUCAGUUUUCUAAGAUAUUGCAAAGAGGACUCAUUCGUGCUACUUCUGAAUUCAAAAUAAAAAGGAAUGGACAUGUGUGACUUAUGAAAUUCUGUUGUUUGUAUUAUUCUAUUAAAAUCCAUGGAAAAAUACAUGUUUGUGAUUAUGAAGCUCAUUUUGAUUACUGCUACUGAAAACUAUUUUGAUGUUCCUGCUGUGUAAAUGGGUUGCUUUUUUCUGUUAUAAGGAGAUCCAACUGUUCUUAAUGUGCAGACUGCAAUGGAAUAUGAUAAUAUACUCAUAUGCUGGUGAUAUAAUUAUUUUGCCAGCCUUUCAAGAAUGAGUGUUUGUUAUGAGUGAAUAAUGUGCUCGAAUCUAGGAGCAAUAUUGUUUCAGCUGAAACUUGUGAUUUAUUUUCUACUUCGUCUUUAUUUGUCCAUUAUGUUACAUUUUCAAAUUAGAUUCAGCAUAUAUCUUGCAUUUUUUUGUUCGUUAUAUCUCUCAGUAGAACAUAAAAAGGAGCAGAAGAGUUCUAGUUCAUUC